AUGUCGACGAACAAAGUCAACGAGAGCAGCAUCAAGGAAUGGCACUUCCACACGUGCUUCUACCACACCAAUGAGCGCUCCAAGAAAGAGGCCCAGGCAUUGCGCGACGCGCUAGUGGAGCAAGUCGCAGCUAACCCGAAGACCUUUAUCGCUGUGUGCAAUGGAAUGACGAACAAGGAGCUCCCUGGCUUAGAGGGAAAGCCACCUCCGAUGAACCUCGGACCCGUGGGCCCCCACCUCAGUGGCAGCUUUGAGACGUGGGCGCCGGCUGAGUCCUUCGCGCAGGUGUUGUCGUGGUUUACGCUUCACCGUGGAUCGCUGAGCAUCCUGGUGCACCCGUUGACUCGCUACGAGCGCGAGGACCACACCACUCAUGCCAUGUGGCUCGGAGCACCGUGGGUUAUCGACCUGGAUGCUCUUCGCGUGGACUUAGUUACGCCUCCACUUCAACACCCUGAGCUUGGAUACGGAUACAGCGCAAGUAGGAACGAACAAUAA